AUGGGGCUGAUUUCCACAACCUGCCCCACCCCACAGCGGGCGAGCUCCCUCCGCUCCCACCGCCCGCGUCCUGUCCCCUUCACUCCCCCUUUUCUCUUCUCUCCCCCUCCCUCCUCUCAUGCUCACUCCUCUCCCUCUUCCCUCCUCUCCUCCUCCUUCCUCUCACGCUCACUCCUCUCCCCCUCCCUCCUCUCACGCUCACUCCUCUUCCUCUUCCCUUCUCUCCCCCUCCCUCCUCUCACACUCACUCCUGUCCCCCUCUCUCCUCUCACGCUCACUCCUCUCCCCCUCCCUCCUCUCAUGCUCACUCCCGUCUCCCUCCCUCUUCUCUCCUGUCCCCUCCUCUCCCCCUCCCGCCUCUCACGCUCACUCCUUUCCCCCUUCCCUCCUCUCCCCCUCCCUCCUCUCCCCCUUUUCCCCUCUCUCCCCCUCCCUUAUCUCACACUCACUCCUCUCCCCCUUCUUCCUCUCUCCUGUCCCCUCCUCUCCCCCUUCCCUCCUCUCCACCUCCCUCCUCUCACACUCGCUCCCCUCCCCCUUUCCUCAUCUCCCCCUCCCUCUUCUCCCCUGUCCUCAUUCUCCUCUCCAGCUCCCUACUCUCCCCUUCACCCUCUCCCUCCUCUCUCCCAUUCCCUCCUCUCCCCCUCCCUCCUCUCCCCCUCCCUCCUCUCUCCCCCUCCCUCCUCUCUCCCCCUCCCUCCUCUCUCCCCCUCCCUCCUCUCUCCCCCUCCCUCCUCUCUCCCCCUCCCUCCUCUCUCCCCCUCCCUCCUCUCUCCCCCUGCCUCCUCUCUCCUGAAGUUACCCAGGUGUCUCUGGCACAUGUCCACCUCCCAGCCCCCAUCCAGGCCAUUCCUGCAGGAGAUCCUUCUCCUAUGGGGCUCCACCCCCCCUCCCCCGAGCCCAGUCAGCUUUCAGGAUCCUAGGAAGCACAGAGCCAAGAAACCGCUGCCCUGGGGCUUCUCCCAGAGAGCUGGACUGCAGGGUCUGGCUGGGAAGGGCCCUGCAGCCCCGCCUGUGUGUGGGGGGAGGUGAACCCGAGCCUCCUCUUCCAGCAGGACCUGGCCAAGAGGGGAUGAAGAGGGAGCAUGAGGUGGGCUUGAUGGAGGAAGCUGUCCCAGGAGGCAGGAGAGGGCAGGGCUGUUUCUGGAGCCUGCCUGCCCUCCACCCCCACCCCCACCCCCACCCCCAUUGGGACCCUGCGUUCAGGGAGAGGAGCCCCCCAGUCCACCUCAAGGAGCCCUGGUUCCUCCAAACGGAAAGUUGCAGAGGAGACUCAGUGCUGCUGGUGGCUGGUGGGAGCCCCAGGGCUGCUGGCCCAGGCCCCGCUUCUGUCCCUCCCCUUUUGGACCAGCUGCACCCUCUCUCCUGUUGCGGGAAGUCAGGGAACCCAAACGGAGGGACCGGCUGAAGCCAUGGCAGAAGAACGUGGAUUGUGAAGAUUUUAUGGACAUUUAUUAGUUCCUAAAAUUAAUACUUUUAUAAUUUCUUAUGCCUGCCUUUACUGCAAUCUCUAAACAUAAAUUGUAAAGAUUUCAUGGACACUUAUCACUUCCCCAAUCAAUACCCUUGUGAUUUCCUAUGCCUGUCUUACUUUAAUCUCUUAAUCCUGUCAGCCGAGAAGGAUGUAUAUCGCCUCAGGACCCUGUAAUAAUUGCAUUAACUGCACAAAUUGUACAGCAUGUGUGUUUGAGCAAUAUGAAAUGUGGGCACCUUGAAAAAAGAACAGGAUAACAGCAAUUGUUCAGGGAAUACGAGAGAUAACCUUAAACUCUGACCACUGGUGAGCCGGGCAGAACAGAGCCGUAUUGCUCUUCUUUCAAAAGCAAAUGGGAGAAAUAUCGCUGAAUUCUUUUUCUCAGCAUGGAACGUCUCUGAGAAAGAGAAUAUGCGCCUGGAGGUAUAGGCUUAUAAACAGCCCCCCUAGAUGCGCCUGUCUCUUACGGUUGAGGCUGCAGAGAUGAAAUAGACUCUAGUCUCCCAUAGCGCUCCCAGGCUUAUUAGGAAGAGGAAAUUCCCACCUAAUAAAUUUUGGUCAGACCUGUUGAUCUCAAAACCCUGUCUCCUGAUAAGAUGUUAUCAAUGACAAUGGUGCCUGAAACUUCAUUAGCAAUUUUAAUUUCGCCGGUCCUGUAGUCCUGUGAUCUUGCCCUGCCUCCACUUGCCUUGUGAUAUUCUAUUACCCUGUUAAGUACUUGAUGUCUGUCACCCACACCUAUUCGCACACUCCCUCCCCUUUUAAAAAUCUGUAAUAAAAACUUGCUGCUUUUUGUGGCUUGUGGAGCAUCACGGAUCCUACCAACAUGUGAUGCCUCCUCUGGACGCCCAGCUUUAAAAUUUCUCUCUUUUGUACUCUGUCCCUUUAUUUCUCAAGCUGGCUGACGCUUAGGAAAAAUAGAAAAGAACCUACGUGAUUAUCCGGGCAGGUCCCCUGAUGCUCCCCCAUCCACACCCACGCGGAGCUCCCAACCCCAGCCCCAGGGCAGGGUCCCACUUCCCCCUUUAAAAAUCUUUUUCCUCCCAGGUCUCUCAGUCACCCCCUCGCCUAUGACCACGGCCGGCCAAGCUCUGCGCGACGCGUCAGUCACCUCCCUGCCCUACCCAGGGCACCCGAGAUGUGGAGGACCUGCCCUCCAUGGGCUCCAAAAACCCAGGCCCCAGCUGGGGAAAUUUUCUAGACAAGGAGGCCACGAGGCCCACGCAGUGAGGGUGGAUGCGGAGGGGACGGUGCUUCUAGCCCCGCAGGGCCCGGCUGCAGCGCUGAGCCUUGGCCCUGCCCUCCACUCUCCAGGCGCGGUAGGAGCUCGCUCAGGGCUGCAGGUCUGUCCUCCACCCCCAGGAAAGGCUGGGAGGAAACUCAUCCAGGGAUUUUCCAUCCCAUAAGCUCUUUUUCCACAGAAGUCCGAGUGCCUUCCAGGAGGGAGCAGGACAGCUGCACCCACGGGCAGGGGACAGGCCCUGUGUUUGUGCCCAGAGGGCAGAUGGUGAGGGCUGUCUGCGCCCCCUCCCCAGUGACUGCGGAGUUUCCGGAACGCCCUCCGGUGAUUCCUUCCUAGGGUGUGGUGUUGGAAGGCGGCACCCACUAUAAACACCGAGGACCCAAGCCCUCCAAGCAUCUGUGGAACAAAGACAUUUUUUCUUUCUUUCUAGGCCUCCACUAUCCAGUGAAUUUUCCUCCCAACUUAGAACAUGAUUCAUCAAGGAGGACCCUGUUUCCAGGGGUUACACAUGCGGUUUCCGUGGUGGUAGCCCUGUACAGCCAGUGGAAGUGGCACAGGGACAGAGAGGCACAUGCCGGCCCCUCCAAGGGCCCAAGGGGUGCACGCGGCCCUCAGCUCCUGUCCCGGCACCUGGGCGUGACGGCCAUCCCCUCCCCGCCCUCCUUUGUGGGGGUGAACCCAUCUCCAUCUCCUCCUCCCUGUGAGGGUCCAGGGGUCUGGCUGGCCCACGUGUUUGCUGGGCACCUAGGGCAGGGCGGCGUCUGGCCCCGGCCUGUUUGCCGAGUGUGAAUCCGCUGGCCGGAGGCAGCCUGCGGUUGGAUCUCCCCGGGGUUUGGGUGGGGCGGGUCCCAGGGCCACGGGUGGGGAAGGUGCAGCCCAUCCUGGUCCCAAGCGGGGGUGCGACGGCUCAACACUGGUCAAUCUGAGUCAGGCUCUCCCUACAGGACGUCCCCCAGGUGAUCGCUGGGGCCUCGUUGACCACGGGCCUCCCCAGUCGCCAACGGGAAGGCAGAAGGCAGAAAAGAGGCCAGCCGGGAGGCGGCCGUUGCCGCAGGAGCCCGUGGCGCAGGGAAGACGCCUUGGCCGCAGGCGGGGCUCCUGGCAAGCGUGGGGGACGCGGCCUCCCGCCGGUCGGGUCGGGAGGGAGCAGGCUUCUGGGGAGAGUGGGCGACGUUGGCGAUCCAGGAAUGGGUCUGCGACAGACUGACUCCUAGAUAGGAAAACACACGUUUCUGGCAGCAUUGCCUGUAACUGGAAAGACACAAGGCUCAAUUCCAGGGACUGUUCCGUCAAUCACGGGCCCCGGGACAGUCCUGCGGCCCCCAGACUGCGGGAAAGAGAGCUCUGCGCGCCCUGAUUUGUUCCGGGAGCGCCUCUGGGAGCCGCAGGCUCUGGAUAUCAGAGGGAGGGCGCGACUCCGUGGAGGGAGCCGCAGGGUCCUGGGGUUGCGUUCCCGCCCUCUCUGCGUUUCCUUUAGUGACUCCUGCUGAGAGGGGCUGAAGCGGAAACCCCCGCACUGAGUGUGAAACUCAGGAGCUCGCUGAGGCCCCCUGGUGCUUCCCGAGGCCACGUGCAUUGGCCUAAUUUCAUUUUGUUCCAUUGCCUGUAAGCUGAGAAUUUCAUUUUCCGGUGAGAAUCUGUCAUAGAAGCUCUGGUUCUGGGAACCGUCAUUUCAAAGAGACGCAAAAAAAAAAAAAAGACUGUAAGACUGUCUCGAUGACGCUGUGAUCUCGCUGGGUUGAGAGGCCACUGUCCUGAAACCCAGGGCCCAUGAAGCAAAGGGUGGGGGAGGUCCAGGGCUGCCCAGCGCUGGCAACACAGAGGCUCCCCCACGCCAUGCCGGGCGCUGGCAUCGCCUCCUGAGGACCCCCGAAUGGACCCCUCUCCCAGGCUGGCAUCACGCCCCAUCCUGCGGCUCCCGGGCGCCCAUCAGGGGCUGGUCCAACACCCCCUCCAGGGAGGGCUGGAGACUGCAGAAAAGCGCUCUGAGCCCGUCUGACCGCACUGGGUGGGCUCCCGCAGCAGGCAGGCCCAGCCCCCGGGACACGGAGGCGGCAGGGACGUCCCCCACGGCACAGGGCCUCGCAGCCCCCAGAGCUGGGCCCCGGAGGCGGCUGCGAGGCCGCGGGGCUGGACGGGUUAAGCCUUUCCCGUUACCUCAUGCUGGCCUCUGCCUCUGAACAUCUGGCAGGAAUAUUUCUUUAAAGCCGUCUGAGCUGUGGGGGAGUCUGGCUGCGUUCCCAGAGCCUUUUCCUCAGAUUUCAGCGGAAUGGGGGAGCCAGCAGGAGCCGGCGAGGACCCCAGGGAGGAGGCUUCCCGGGAAGUGACGGCGCUGAGGCCGCACCUGGCCCCCAGAACCCACCCUGAAGGGUCCCGGGCAGCCAGCGCAUUCCCGCUGACGAGAAUCACUUCCGGCGCCGCUGACCCCCGGCUGGGAGACCCUGUUCCGGCGCCGCUGACCCCGGCUGGGAGACCCUGUUCCGGCGCCGCUGACCCCCGGCUGGGAGACCCUGUUCCGGCGCCGCUGACCCCGGCUGGGAGACCCUGUUCCGGCGCCGCUGACCCCGGCUGGGAGACCCUGUUCCGGCGCCGCUGACCCCGGCUGGGAGACCCUGAGAUGUCUGUGGGCAGCAGUGGGGGCCCUCGGGUGGGGUCACCGAGGCUGCGGAGGGCCAGGGCUGCACGAGUGACACAGCUCAGACCUGGGGUCCCUGUGUGAGACGCCCCCGGGCCGGGGCCCGAACCUCCCUCCUCUGUGCCCCCAUCAUGGCUUCUGGGCCCAAAAGGUGGUGGGGGGAGGGGCGGGCUCCCGAGCACUGGGUUUCAAGCCCCGAUGGAUGCCGUCGGUCCUGCCGGCCCCAUACUCAGACACCCGGUUCCCUUCGCAGCGCGGGGCAGGGCCCAGGGGCUUCUAGGACCUGGUCUGGGAGCCCCACACAGGCCCUCCCUCGGCAGUGGGGAGCUCAGCUGCGGGAGCUGCCCCAUGUCCUGCCCACCCGCUGGCAUGCAGCAGUUUUAAUGAGGCUGGGGCAGUAGGGAAGAAAGGGUUAGCGUCCCUUACAGACCAGCAGCCCCCACUCCAGCUGGGUCCCAGAGAGACGGGGGCGGGGGGCUCCUUGCCACUUUGCGGGGAGCUGAACAUGGGUGGCUGCAGUCCCACAUCACCCCACUCCUCAGACACCCAGAGGGUUUCCACGCAGGACCACAGCAUCUGUAGGGGGCCAUUCAGACCCUCUGUCUCUCUGCCUGACCACACCGUGGCUCAGAGAAACUGCUGGCAUCCUGCCCGGUAUACCCCAGGCUGGAUGUGCCAGGAAAGCUGGGGCAGUCAGAACUGGGCGAGGUCCCAGCUCUGUCACCCACUAGUUGCCUGAGCUCGGGUCGGGACACAAGCUCCCAGAAGCUCCGUUUUCGCGAGUUGUCAAGAGAAUGCCCGCUCUGUCGGUGGGAGCUGGUGGAGGGAGUAACAGUGACAGAGUUGGGGCUCCCAUGAGGCCAAGGUCCACAGGCCCAGGGCUCAGAGACCAGUCCAGAUGGACGCAGCACACAGCUGCCGGGGUCCUGCCCACCCAGCCCAGCUUCCCGGCAUCUGGUUUCCAUUGUCCCCACAUGGGAGUCACAGAGCCUGGGGCCGAGUGCCUGGGUAACAUCUGGGCUUCUCAGGAACACUCACACUCCCUGGGCCAAUCAAACCCCAAAGAGAGGGUGCGGUGGGAACACGGCUGGUCUGUGGAAAGAGACCUCAUCUCCGUUCAGGGCCUCCAGGCCUCAGGGCCAUCUCAGUGCCCACCUUACAGAGCUGUGGCUGGAGGGCCUGGGAUCAGCACAGACUGCUCUGGGCUGGGUCUGGGGUCCCAGGGUGCCAGCCACAGCCAGGCAGGAGGUCCAGAGCAAGGCCCUCCCAGGUGCCCGGCCUCUGGAGUCCCCACCCGUGGGAGGCAGAGACCCUCGCGUUCAGCAGGGUGACCUCCGUGGUCUGGGGCUCCUGGGCUACCGCCAGUUCCCUCCCCAAACACGUGACCCCAAAAGCAUCAGGAUCUGAGGGUUGUUUCAGAGCUGGGGGAGGGGUUGGGUGCUCUUUUGCCCUCAGGAGAGCAGGCCCAGGACUCAGUGAGUGUCCAGGGAUGAGGAGGGCACAGGAGGCCAGCGCCAGGUCAUCAGCCUCUGCACCCCAGGGUCUGAACUCAGGGUCUGAGCGAGUCCAAGACUGCCCUGCAGUGACGGGGAGGGCCGAGGGUGGCAGAACAGGUGGUGGUGGCUCUGGAGAUGGCGGUGGGGGAACUGGAGGCAGGCAGCCUGGCUUUGGGACCCCAGGCCCCAAGGUCACAGUGACCUGUAGCCUGCCGGGUCCAGAUACACAAGCAAUUGUCACACCCUAGCAGCUGGGGGGCUCUAGGAGGGAGGCUGGGGCUGCACAGUGAGGGGCAGUGAGGGGUGUGGGACACGGUUUCUGGAGUCUCUGCUCCCCCAGCCUCGUCCCUGCACAAUCGCAGGCCCCCUCCUCCCCUCCCACUGAAGCUCAUUCCAGACAGCUAGGUUGACAGCUGGGUGGGUGCCCCGGACCCUGAGGCUGGUGAGGCUCCCGCGGACGCCAUGGAGGGAUGGUCAGGGGCGCCCUCUGCUGCCCAUGGGCACCAGUGCAGGACGGUCCCCCGAGGGGCCCAGAGCCAGCCCUGUCCCCUCUCCGUGGCCUCCCUGCUGGCCCCAGGUGCCUGGGUCCACCUGUGCCUGGGAGACUCUGGCGAGGCUUCCGCUGGGGUCAGUGGAUUUGCCACCCCCUUUCUGUCCUGACCCUGCCGGAGGCCAGUGAGGGGGCAGCUGGAACAGGGAGGCCUCCAGGCCUGCAGGCAGCGGCUUCCCUUGGCUGCAGGGACUGGGUGGGAGCCGGAGCCUGGCCCGGAGGCUGUGGGGUGCAGGAAGUGAGAGGAGCCCUAGGCCAGGGUCCCAGCCCAGGUGGGAGGUGUCAGGGCCUCCGUGGUCGUUGUUUUCAGCAGAGAACUCGGGGGAGACGCAGUGCCCGUCAGAGCCCACUGCAGUGGUCGGCUCCAGUUGCCCCAGGCCAGGCUAUGCCUGGGUGCUUCCUCCAGGUCUCCUGAGAACCCCUUUCCCCUGAUAACGGGAACAAUCCCCUCACCUUCCCCUUUGCAGAGUCAGGAAUGGUGCUGGCUCACUGUUACAUUAUUCUCUCACCUCUUUGUCUCCUUUAAUUUGACCUUUCCUGACCUUGACGUUUUUGAGACGUUUAGGCCACUUAUUCUGUAAAAUGCUUCUCAAGUUGGGUUUGUGGGGCCAUUUCUCAUGACCAGGUCCGGGCUGUGUGUUCUGGCUGGAAUUCCACAGUAGUGCUGGGGCCCUCGGGCGGGAGUCGGAGGCUGCUGCUAAUUGGAGCUUCGAUUUAGGGCAGCUUGCACCUGUGCUCCCAGGUGGCUGUCCUUAAGCUUUGGGCUCCAGUAAACUCUAUGCUUAAUCAUA